AUGGCGCACGAGCUGGACCAGAAGAUCCAGGAUGUCUACAAGCGCAUUCAGACAGAACGCAAGGUCCUUGAAGCAUCGCAUCUUCUCCGCCAGGCUACCACCAACCCUGAUGUCCUCAGACGCAACGAUGCGAAGAUACGAGAGGCUGAGCGUUCACUCUCCUAUUUCGAGGAUACCCUCCGCGAGCUGCAGUCUCGCAAGAUGAUGCAGGCCCAACGCGAUGAUCAUUCACGAUCAGGGAGCCCUGUUCUUUCUACAGCGAGCGGUCGCGGAGGACGGUCCUCCGAUAGCCCUCGCAUGCACCAGCCCACAUUAUCCGAUGUUUCUUCCGGACGUGGCGCACGCAACCCCCAAGGCUCUGCUGGUUCCGCUGACGACAUACCGGGGGUUCCCAAGGCCAAGACAUAUACCAAGCUUGAUUUGAUCAAAGCAGACACACCCCACACCACAGCCAAAAUCUCCCGCAUGCUCCAUCAGCUUGAGUUCAAGCUGCUGGUUGAGAAGCAGUACAAGAGCGGUAUCGACAAGAUGGCCAAGCUAUAUCAGGCGGACGGGGACAAGAAAUCUAGGGCAGAUGCCGAGAGCAAGAAGGUAGAGAGCGAAAGGAAGAUACAGCUUCUGCAAUCUGCGUUGAAGCGCUACAAAAAUUUGCACAUUCUUGACGACGCUGAGGAUGACGAUGAUGAUGCAGGAGGUGUGCCGGGUGCUCCUGGCAUUGAUGGCGAACGCAAGGACAAUUUGCGCUCGAAGAACCUGUCGGGAAAGCUGCAAGUAACUUUGAAAGGAGCGCGCGAGCUGGACCACGCGCCCAUCGUGACUGGCAGGUCCCGUUCGGCGUCGAAACAGGUAGAGACCUACGUAUCGCUCAAGGUCGAAGGCACAGAGCGUGCGCGUUCGCACCCUACACGGACUGACCGUUGGCUGGAAGAUUUCGAAAUCACCAUAGAGAAAGCGAAUGAAGUCGAGAUUGCUGUCUAUGACAAGCAGUCAAACGAAACGCAUCCUACACCCAUCGGGCUCUUGUGGAUCAAAAUCAGCGACCUGGUCGACGCACAAAGAAGGCAGAAGGUCAUGAUGGAGAAUGGACAAGGAGGUUGGGUGACUGCCGGGGCAAUGAAUGGCGACGGUUCGGCCAUAAGCAUGCAAGCACAGACAGGCAAUGUCGGUGACAUGAAUGCCCCCAUCGGUUUUGGUGACAAUCGAGUUGUGCCGCCCGGCUCUGGUAUGCCUCCUGUAGGACAGUCAGAGGGUAUCGAUGCUUGGUUUGCGGUUGAACCAGCUGGAGCCCUCGCAUUACACUUGAAUUUCAUCAAGGAGAAUGUGCGCAAACGGCCGCUCGAUACCCCUGGCGGUCUUGGGCGUCAAGGUGCCGUCCGCAAGCGGAAGGACGAAGUCCAUGAAAUGAAUGGACACAAGUUCGUCCAGCGACAGUUCUACCAAAUCAUCUUGUGUGCUUUCUGCAACGAAUUCUUACUCAAUGCCGUUGGGUACCAGUGUGAAGAUUGCAGGUAUACAUGUCACAGGAAGUGUUACGAAAAAGUCGUGACGAAAUGUAUAUCAAAAUCCAAUACAGGCGAGGACGAUGCGGAGAAGAUCAAUCACAGAAUUCCCCACCGAUUCGAGCCUAUUACAAACAUUGGCGCGAACUGGUGCUGUCAUUGCGGUUAUAUGCUCCCUCUUGGUCGCAAGAAUGCGCGCAGGUGUACUGAAUGUGAUAUUACUUGCCACGCCAACUGCGCCCACCUCGUCCCAGACUUCUGUGGCAUGUCCAUGGAGACCGCGAACCAGCUCCUCCGCGACUGGCGUGAUAUUAACCGGGCUCGGGGCGCAAAGUCGACUGCGCAGGCGCGUCCAAUUGCCCAUUACCAACAGCCUCCUCGACCUCCCAUGCCGCCUCCAGAGCCGCAAGUGGAUCACAUCAUCACGGAUGUGGAACGCGUGAAGCUCGGGGAGCCCGCUGUACCGCCCAAAGGUGCAGACUACCCGUAUGGUCGUCAACAGGUCCAAAGUCCUCAAGAGACGACUCCGCCCGAUCAACGUAUGGUACAGCCCCCACUGCCUGUUACCGGGGCGUACGCUCCGCCCCAGCCGCGUCCGUUGCCCGGUGGGAGAAUACCGUUGGUUCCGGCCUUCCCUUCAGAAACGUUACAGCAACAAGUGCCAUCAGGACGGCCUGGAUCUAUGCUCUACGAAGAUUCCUAUGCCUAUCAGAAGACAGUCCAGCAAGCCGUUCCACCGAAGGACUAUGCCCCACCACCUAGCCCUGGCCGUGCUAUUCAGCCGGAGCGGCAAGCGUCCCUGGCUCCUUCAAUUCAACAACAAUACCGACCACCAGCACACAAGCGGAAAGUUGGUUUGGAUGACUUCAACUUUUUGGCUGUGCUCGGGAAGGGUAACUUCGGAAAAGUCAUGUUGGCGGAAGAGAAGAAGACGAGUAGCCUGUAUGCCAUCAAAGUGCUCAAGAAGGAGUUCAUCAUCGACAAUGAUGAAGUCGAGAGUACUCGCUCCGAGAAGCGCGUUUUCUUGGCAGCUGCACGGGAACGCCAUCCGUUCCUUCUUGGCUUGCAUUCAUGUUUCCAAACAGAGACUCGUGUCUAUUUCGUCAUGGAGUACGUUAGCGGUGGUGACUUGAUGUUACAUAUCCAGCGCAGGCAAUUUUCACUUCGUCAAGCCAAGUUCUAUGCAUGUGAAGUUCUCCUUGCGCUUGAGUACUUCCAUGCAAACGGAAUCGUUUACCGUGAUCUUAAGUUGGACAACAUCCUACUCACUCUGGAUGGUCACGUUAAAGUAGCCGACUACGGUUUAUGCAAGGAGGAUAUGUACUACGACAAGACGACCAGUACGUUCUGUGGCACUCCAGAAUUCAUGGCACCGGAAAUUCUUCUGGAACAGCGUUACGGACGCGCAGUUGACUGGUGGGCCUUCGGUGUACUGAUGUACGAGAUGUUGCUCGGGCAGUCACCUUUCCGUGGCGACGACGAAGACGAAAUCUUUGAUGCCAUCUUGGAGGAUGAGCCGCUGUAUCCAAUCACAAUGCCCAGAGAUGCCGUCUCGAUUCUGCAGAAGCUGUUGACUCGGGAUCCGAAGAGACGACUUGGUUCAACCGAGGCGGACGCGGAGGAGAUCAAGAGACAUGCUUUCUUCAAGGAUGUCAGUUUUGACGACGUGGUGAACAAGCGCAUACCCCCUCCUUACUUCCCCACAGUCAAUGGGACGGCCGAUACGAGCAAUUUCGAUGAGGAAUUCACCAAGGAGCAACCCACGUUGACACCGGUACACGCGCAACUAUCCAGUCGCGAUCAGGCGGAGUUCAACGGGUUCUCAUGGGUCGCAACAUGGGCGGAAAUCUGA